UAUAAUUGCUUUUCUUGGGGGGGGGGGGAGGGAAGGAUGUGCUUUGCUAGAAAAGUGAGAGGAGCUAUGAGAGAGAGAGAGAGGCAAAAGGGUCAAGCUAACUUGGUUCCUUCCUUUUUUUGAUUGAUAUAUAUACUCGUAUAUGAAGUGCUGUGCCUGCUCUCUACCCCUCCCUUCAUUUUAUAUAUCUAUCCAUCUGUUCAUCUGUCCGUCCGUCUGUCCGGUCCGUCGAAAGCUUUGCUGUGCUGGAUAGUACAUAACGUGAUCCACCGGAACAUAACAACAACACACGACUGAACGCAAGCAAGAGCGCGAGGCUGCCUAGGGAAAUGGUUUCCUUUAAAAGUUUGGUUGCUACGGCCUUGAUCUCUGCUGGUUCGUUUGUCCCUUUCCUCCCUUAACUUGACCCGGCCGCAACGCGACAACAACAAUGCACGCGGGCACAAGACGGAGCAGGAAAACGUACUGACGGAGCCUGCUUUCAUCUUACUAUAGCGGCACUCACACAUGCGCAAAGCUCAUCGCCCAUCAGGGGCUACAGCAACCAGGGUUCGUUGUUUUCGGCCGGCUGGAAUAUCCCAGCUUCCGGGCAGGAUGUCUUCUUGCAGCUUCAGGGACCUACGAGCGCGGGAUGGGUCGCGACGGGAAUUGGCUCGGGGAUGAAGGAUUCUUUGAUGUUUAUUAUCUAUCAGGAUGGGAGUGGGAACAUUACGGUUUCGCCUAGAAUUGGGAAGUAGGUUUUUCUUUCUCCUUCCUCUUUUGCACCCCCAUCUUUUUCAGCUCUCCGUGUGAUGGGAGGGGGAUCCGGGUGCUAACAACGGCGAUGGGACGGUUUAGGGGUGAAACCGAACCCAAAUUUGAAUCGACAAUUCGGUUCGAACUGCUCGCGGGCAGCGGGGUCCAAGAGGAAUUAAUGACUGCAAACAUCAAAUGUUUCUUCUUUCCCUUCCCCCCUAAAUUGCCCUUCCCAUAAUCACGCACUGACCGCCCCCCCAAAGGUGCCAAUUGCAGAUCCUGGGAUGGCGGCAGACUCGAUGUGACCUCCAAGGACCAAAACUUCAUCUGGGCCGUCGGCAACCAGAGGGUCACCUCAAAAUCUCAAUCUGAAACCCUCAGCAAGCACGUCCAGAAUGGCCGCUAUGUCCUCGAUCUGACAGAGGCUACCGGCGGCAAUUCGCAGAACCCAUUUGUUAGCUCCGGCUCGGCCGACGGUACCACCUCCGGAGUGGCAGGGCCGGGGGAGACUGGCGGUUCGAACUCGAGCGGAAGUAGUGCGAGUGGGGGUUCGAGUUCGAGCGGAAAUGGUGCGGCUUCGAGUACGGGAUCGAGCGGAAGUGAUAUUAGGAGUGGUAGCAGUAUUGCGCCUCCGAGGACGAAGGCCGAUAAGGUUCUUAUUGCGCAUGGUAUGGUACUCAGUCUUGCGAGUUAUGCUUUUUAUUCUUGGUUGUUGUAGGAUAGGUCUUUCUUUUCUGGAAUCUUUUUUAUUUGAGCGUGGGAGUGAUGGGGAUUACCGUCGCCUCUGUGCUUGGAUUGUGCGCUCACAGUUGCGCAUUUCUUCCAACCUUAUCCUAUAGUGUCUGCUCUACUUACUACCGAUGAUGGCGGGUGUUUAAUUGUCUUUUCAUCGUCACUGCGUAUCUACUCAUUCAUUUCAGUCGUGUGAUACCCGGGGCGAGCUUCCUUUUGCUAAAACAAAUUACAAAAAGAGAAAAGCCUCAGCCGCUUCACUUUUCAAUUUGCUAAUCCCGCACUGUUUUUUACUUGCAUUUUGAAUAUGUUGAAACCGGAGAAAGAAGAAAAAAAAAAACAGAAAGCAAAAUAAUAAUCAAAAAUCAUGGUGCAACAAAUACAGGUGUCAUAAUGGGCGUAGUCUUCACCCUCUUCUUCCCCUUCGGCGCAGCACUGAUCCGCCUCCUAAACAACCGCAUACCAAACGCCUUCGCCCUCCACCGCGGUGUGCAAAUCCUGAACUUUCUGCUCUCAGUGGUGGGCAUGGGAAUGGGUAUCUGGCGGAGCGAAUUAUCCGAUUCCGUACCUCCCCCCUUCCACCUUGGGCGAAAACGUCAAUAGCUAACACGAACAACAACAACACAGCACUACAAAACCUUCCACCAAUACUUUGGAACAAUCAUAAUCGCGCUCCUACUCGUGCAAGCCAUGCUCGGCCAACUCCAUCACAGCGUGUACCUCAAGACGCAGAAGUUGAGUAUGUGGAGUUACGCUCACAUCUGGCACGGGCGCUUCGUGAUCAUCGCUGGUAUCGUCAAUGGCGGGAUUGGAUUGGACCUGCCGAGGGCUGAUGCUCCCGUCGGUGCUGUGGCCGGGUAUUCCGUCGUGGCGGGGGUGGUCGGUGUGGGGUAUCUGUUGUUUUAUCUUUGGAGGGAGAGGAGAAAGGCGGUCGCUGCUUCUUCUACUUCUUCUCCCUGAACUGGCUUCAGAUUCUUAUUCUUAUUUUUUGCUUUUAGGAUCCUCGUUUGCAAUUGGGGUAGGAGGAUUAUAUUGUGGUGGUGCUGGUGGUGGCUUUUCUUCGUUUCCUAUGUUGUAUAUGGGUUCUGUAACUGGUAAUAGCUCAAUAUCCCUUUUCUCUUUU